AUGCCAGCUGGACAAUUCGACUCAGGUCUCAUCGAUUCUGCUCGAUUCUACAGAUUGCCAGGAUGGGGUUUGGGCAGCAAGACGCGGCCCAUCAACCAGGGCAAGACGUCAGGUAGUCACGACGAAAAGUAUGCGCCGACGAUGCGGGCAGUCUCGUGAAUGGCUUCGAUGCAUCUCGCUUCGGCCACUCUUUUUAUCCCCCCCCC